ACGUAGUGCUUGAAAGGUUGUCGCCAACACAGCAUGGUAUCCAGUGUUAUAUAUCAGUGGCAAAUGGCAUCCUCCCUGGGAACAGACUCUUAUGAAAACACCGAAAGAGCGUCUCUUGUGAAAACAGUUUUUAAAAAAAGCUCCUCAAAAACGAACAUGAAAGGUAGAGAGGAAACAGGGGAAAUACAUCUUCGGUGUUCGGAGUUUUGUGAGAACAGUCAAAGUACUGGUAUCGAAGCCAUUGAUAGUGGGGUCUUGCCGUGCGCACUACGAAAACCUCGUAGUAAUAGGCCAAAAUCAAAAGAACACAAACGACUCAACUCUCACAAAUUGGUCUUGCAGUACGUCGUGCCCUGCAUGAACUCCUAUGGUCUAUGCAUAGUGGACAAUUUUCUCGGGAACAAAAUUGGAGACCGAAUUCUUCAAGAAGUCAUAAACAUUCAGCAGAGUGGGAAACUGCAAGAUGGGGAGCUUGCAUGCCGAAAGUUGGGAAAAAGCAAGUCUAUUCGAGGGGAUAAAAUUGCAUGGGUGGGGGGAAUUGAGCCAGGUUGUGAAAACAUAGGCUUUUUACUGACAAGAAUGGACAAAAUCAUCACCUACGCCGACGGUAAACUUGGGAAAUACAAAAUCAGAGGCAGGCAUAAGGCGAUGGUUGCCUGCUAUCCUGGCAAUGGGACUGGAUACGUGAAACACGUGGACAACCCCAACGGAGACGGCCGCUGUGUGACAUGCAUUUACUACCUGAAUAAAAACUGGGAUGCCAAGGAACAUGGGGGAAUUCUGCGGAUCUUUCCUGAGGGGAAGUCCUACGUCGCUGAUAUCGAGCCCAUCUUUGACCGCCUCCUUUUGUUCUGGUCAGACAGGAGGAACCCUCAUGAAGUCCAGCCCUCUUAUUCUACAAGGUACGCCAUCACAGUGUGGUAUUUCGAUGCAGAAGAAAGAGCUGAAGCAAAGAGGAGGUUCAGAGACUUAACAGCGUCUUCACAGGAGAGAAGCGCAGUCUGACCCUGAAGCAGCUGUGCCGUGCGGCAGUCUGGAAGCCCUGAAGCUCUUCUUCGAGGCCCCGUCCUUCUCCCUUCUUCUCAUUGCACUUCAGUCCGUCAUUCCGUCAGUACCUCACUAGCCUGUUCACGCUGCAUGAAUGGUACUCGCUCUGUCCCACAUGAUACUGUUAUGCAGAGUGGGGGAAUGAAAGAAAUCCUCCUAAUCUGGAAUAGUCCACUGGGGUAAUUCAUCUGCAGUGCACUGCAAGACAUUUCCUGUUUCCCGAAAAGGCCUCUGUAUUCACAAGACAGUUUUGUUAAUCCAAGCAUUACUCAAUGCCCCCUUUCCUCUUUAUUUUAGCAAGAUGUCUGUUCAUAGCAGAAUAUUUCCUGCACUUUUUUAUGCAAAAAUGUGUUUGUGAACAAAUUGGCCGUGAAUCUGGUUCGUGUUCAGUGGUAAGAUUAUUUUCAUCAGUGUUUGUAACACAGCAGUAGAGAGAUUUGGAUUACCCAGAAACAUCCCUCAUGAAAAAAAUAUAUCUCCGUAUCUGUAAUAUUUUUACAGUAAUGUUGUGUAAUUACUUUUGUUUAAGAACCUAUCACAUUUUAUUUUAUGAUAUGUGUGCUAAUAUACUGUAAGUAUAUUGAAAGGAGGAAAUAUAUUGCGAAAUGUAUAUUUUUGGUGUGGCCUGUCUAACAGAGCUAAUGGUGGUAAAACUACCAAGGCAAGGCUUAUAUGGAACAUGGCAUUGUUAUUGGUUUGAUCCAAUUAAACGUACACGCAUUAACAAAAACACAGACCACAUUACUGGACAACAUCGUGUUUUGUCAAGGCAAAAAAAAAGCACAAAAAUAUUUGUAAAUGAAUUGAAGAUCACUUUGGGAUAUGGAAUGUAACUUACCCCUGUCAUUGAUUUAAUGUAAAAUUGUUAAUACUGUGUUAAUGUAUGUGUGUUGUUAUUAUGUCUGUGUAUUAAGUGUGGACUUCACUUCACAAAAAAAAGUGGAUGAUGGAUGGAUUAAUUUUCCCUCAAACAGGAACUCUUUUUCAUUAAAAAGGAUAUGUGGGGCUGGAGUUACAGUAACAAUACUAUGGGAGUGUGCACAGGCUAGAGUGGCAGCCACAUGGGAAUAUAAGUGUCAUACCUUCAUUGUGAUUGACAGGUGUUUCCUCCUGUGCCAGAGAAUCCCAUCACCUGAUCCCAUCAUGUGGCUGCCUCUUCUGCCCAAUCUCACCAAAUGCAAGCUGUCAGUGUUGUCCAUGUUUGUUCCGCCUCCUUCACAAUUUCCGCAUUUUUGAUGGGAAAUAUUGAGAAUUUCAGCCAUUGAUUCCCCUCUUCCCGCACUUCUGGCCGAUCUGUACUUUGAAGAAAACAGUAGCCAGCCAUUAAAUGGCAACUUUAAUGUCCCCUCUCUGCUUCUGUGCAUGUUGUGAGGAGUUAGGUGUUGAAUCAUGUAAUGGAGAUCUCACUUUAUGAUGUGUGUGCGCGUGUCUCUUUUUAAAUGAAAACUGUGGAUCCCUGCUGUUAAUGUAAGGCUUAUAGCCAGCUUGCGUGCUGGUCAGCAAUGCUGGUGAUGCAUGGAGAAUGUUGUUGUGUGACUGUUUUCUUAAUACGUGUUUCUUAUGGGUGUUUGGGAAAUAAAUGCCUUUUGCACCUCUGCA